AUGCAGUAUACUGCACACACUGUACAGUUUGAUAUUAAAAAACAACAACAACAACAACUUUGUCCCAGUAGCUCUAAAUGGAUGGAGCUCAAAAUUAGAAUCCCAAAGUACAUUGGCUUCUGCUGUUCCUCUUGCUGGAUCCUGACUCUCCUAGUAAAUAUGUAUGUUGCUAUAAAGGUGCAUGGCCCAAGCAAUACCAAAAAUAUAAGCUUGGAAAAAGUAUAUGAAUACUGUUCUGGGUCUACUCCACACAAACUUACAAACUCACUGCUGGCAAGGAUAAUAUUUUUCAUUGAUGUAUUUUUGUGUCUCAUGGUCUGGGCUAGUGGCUCCACGGUCCUUGGCCUGCACAGACACAAGCAGCGAGUCCAACACAUUCACAGCAACAGCCUCUCCCCAAGACCUUCCCACGAGGCCAGAGCCACACACACCAUCCUGAUCUUGGUGAGCUCCUUUCUUUUACUUUAUUCUCUUUCCUCCAUUUUGACUUUCUGUGUAGUCCUAAGUGUGAAUCCAGCCCAAUGGCUGGUGAACACAUCUGUGUUCGUGGCUUUAUGUUUCCUGACUCUCAGCCCCUUCGUGCUCAUCACCCAUGACGCGUAUCUCUAAGUUACGCUUUGCAAAGAUUGCUUUUUUCUUCAUGGGGUGUAAUAAAGCUGUCCUCUACAGGGCACUAAAUUACCCAUUUCCUUCUUUAUUCACAUGCAAAUGUCUACCAGUGCCAGUUCUCUGAGGUAGCACCGCGCAGUUUGUGGGAUCUUAGUUCCCCAACCAGGGAUCGAACCCAUGUUCCUGGAGUGGAAGCACAGUCCUAACCACUGGACUGGCAGGGAAGUCCCAUCUUGGAGGCAGUUAGUUAGUUAGUUAGUUAGUUAGUUAUGGCUAUGUUGGGUCUUCGUUUCUAUGCGAGGGCUUUCCCUAGUUGCGGCAAGUGGGGGCCACUCUUCAUCACAGCGCGCGGGCCUCUCACUAUCACAGCCUCUCUUGUUGCGGAGCACAGGCUCCAGACGCGCAGGCUCAGUAGUUGUGGCUCACGGGCCUAGUUGCUCCGUGGCAUGUGGGAUCUUCCCAGACCAGGGCUCGAACCCGUGCCCCUGCACUGGCAGGCAGAUUCUCAACCACUGUGCCACCAGGGAAGCCCCUGAGGCAGUUUUGAUUAAGGUAAUGUAUUAAAAAUUGUAUUAAAAAAAACAACAAAAAAAAACAGAAACUGCCCUAUUAGAUUUAGCCAAAUCGGGACCUAUAUGUAAAUAGUUAUACAAAG